AUGUAUGACAAAGUACAAACUGUUAAUUCCUUGAAGGCGGAUUGCAUUCUGACGGCGGUCAGCGUAGACGAGGAAACCAUCUACAGUAAAUCCACCUCGCUGCAGUCCUGGCUGCUAGGAUACGAGCUGACUGAUACGAUUACGGUGCUGUGCGAAAAGUCCAUCUUUUUCCUGACCAACAAGAAGAAGAUCGAGAAGGACGGUGAGGAAAAGUUGCUGGAGGCGAUUAAGGUAUCCAAGGAUGGCAAAACGUUGGGCGUCUUCUCCAAUUACAACUUCCCGGGUGAAUUCUGUGAAUCAUGGCAAGCCUUCGUCAAGGACAAGAGCUUCGAUACGGUGGACAUCAGUGUCCCAAUCGGGUACAUCAUGUGCUCCAAGGCCUGCUUGAUGACGGUAGACGUAUUCAACAAGUACCUCAAGUAUCACAUCAUGGAGAUUAUCGACGCUGAUAAGAAAGUAAAACAUGCCAAACUGUCGGAGGGUGUCGAGCAGGCUCUGACGGACAAAAGCUAUGUCUCCGGCGAUUAUCCAAUCGGGUGGCUAGAAGUCAAUCCGACGGAAACGAUUCAGAAGCACUACACCUUUCUCCUCAAUCUGGAAGAGGAACUGCUUAAGGUGAUGAUUCCGGGCAAGACGCUCUCGGAGGGUUUCGACGUCGGAAUGGAUUAUGUCAAGAAGGAGGAUCCAAGCAAAGACGUUCGGUUUUGCCAUCGAGUUGAAGUUCCGGGAGAAUUCGAGUAA